AUGACCAACACUAUUAAAUACGACUGGUUAUCCGUCAUCAAACGAAACAUUUUUGCUUUCAGAUUAGCGGGUUUGUGGCCAAGCGACGAAGGAUACAAAUUCGACUUUUACCUUCUGCGCACCGUCAUCAUCCUGUUCAUUUUUGGCUUGGUCCAAACUGCGUCUCAAACCUUCAUGCUUUUAACCAACUUCACCGACAUGCAAGUAGUAGCAAGAACGACGUUCUUGAUAAUUUCCCUCUGGUUGAUGUUGCUCAAGCUCUUCUCCAUCGCUCGCAACAUCCAAACCCUUAGAAAACUGCUGGCAACGCUAAACGAAGACAUGUUUCAAGUCCGCACCAAAGAGCAAAUUGAAAAUAUAAUUCCUAGUGUCAAGAGGUGGAAAUUUAUGCACAAUGUAAUCAGUGGGAGUAUUGUUUGUUCUGUGAUUUUCUGGACUGUGGAGUCAUUCAGGACACGCAAAUUGCCGUUCGUUUCUUGGUAUCCUUACAAUACUACGGGGUCACCUCAGUUUGAAUUGACUUGUUUUCACCAGCUUUCAAGUAUGUCUUUUGGGGCGUAUCUUGAUAUCAAUAUGGAUACGUUUAUAGCCGCUUUUAGUCUAUAUGCGGCAGCGCAGUUUGAUAUUUUGUGUGAUAAUGUGAAAAAUUUGAAGCCUGAGGGGUUCAAGGAGGGAUUGGUGGCCUAUGUGAAGCAUCAUCGGGCAAUUGUGAAGUAUGUAACUUGA